AUGUCUGUCGCCGCCGAGUUUGAAGCUGCGAACAAGCAGUACGCUGCGCAAUUCACCAAAGGCGACCUGCCCCUUCCUCCCGGCCGAAAAGUCACCAUCGUCACUUGCAUGGACGCCCGCAUCGACCCCGCCCGCGCUCUCGGUCUCAGCGAGGGCGACGCGCACGUCAUCCGCAACGCCGGCGGGCGCGCCUCCGAAGCUCUCCGUUCCGUCGUCAUUUCCCAGCAACUCCUCGGAACCCGCGAGAUUGUCCUCAUCCACCACACCGACUGCGGCAUGUUGACGUUUACCGACGACGGCCUGCGCAGCAAGCUCCGGACCGAGCUCGAGGAAAACGCCGACCACGUCUCGUUUUUGCCUUUUGCCAACCUGAGGCAGAGCGUCGUCGACGACGUGGCGCUGCUGCAAAAGUCGGGCCUCGUGCUCGACGUGCCCGUCACCGGCUACAUCUACGACGUCAAGACGGGCACGAUUGACAAGGUGUAA